UUAAGUGAGAGUAUUGGUUUGGUAGCGGUGAGUUACUGAGCAUCUUUUUGAAGAUCAAACUCUAUUUUCUUCUUUGAUAAACUUUCUCUCCACCUUCUUUUCUCUAUAUUCUGAACAAUAUUACUCCCCGCACCAAAAAAAAGAAAAAAAAAACCGUACCCCAAUUGUCAACUUCUUUGGCCAAUUAAUGUUUCUAAAAUAAAGAUUUCUCCCUUUCUUUCUCCUUUCAACUGCAGACACAUGUAUAUUUAUAAUUUAUAAUUCUGUAAACAUUCUCUUUAUCUUUUUUGUAGAUAUUAAUAACUAAAUAAUGGAAAUAACUAAAUAAUGGAAAUAAUAUUAGUAAACAAUAAAAUGUAAAUGAAACAAAAUGAAAUUAUGUUAAUAGAGAUGAAAUUGGUGGGUAUGUUGGCAACCAAGACGAUUCUCUGAUCAAACAUGGUGAAUACUGUGCUCAACAUGAUGCAAAAAGGCAAGGAACUAGGGUUAGUGAUUAUAUUUAUAGAUGAAUGAUGAAAUAAAGAAGAGCCGGUUGUUUGUUUUGAGUUCUCACUUAUCCCGUCUGCCUCUGGCAUCUUCCCUCAUGGCUUCGGACAAAGAAGCUGCCCUUGCUGCUGCUCCCUCUGAUUCUCCUACCAUAUUUGACAAAAUCAUCAACAAGGAAAUCCCAUCUACCGUGGUGUAUGAAGAUGAUAAGGUUUUCCGUGGACCUGACCAUUGGGCCAAUGAAUUUGGUGCUGAAAGAUUGCAACAAGAGUCUGUCGAUGAUCAAUGGGUCAAUGAAUUCUCAAAGGUGCAUGUUGAUGACUGGGCAGAAGAAUUUGGUUGUCAAGUUGGUGAGGGGGCUUUGGGAGAUAGUUCGUCUGAUAACUGGGCAAAUUCAUAUGAUGAGGGUGUCUAUGUAUUUUCUGAUAUGAAUCCAUAUGUUGGUCAUCAAAAUCCUUUAAAAGAAGGUCAAGAGCUAUUCAGGAAAGGACUUUUGAGAGAAGCAGUGCUUGCACUAGAGGCUGAAGUUAUGAAAAAUCCUGAGAAUGCUGAAGGUUGGAGAUUGCUAGUAAUAACCCAUGCUGAAAAUGAUGAUGACCAGCAGGCUAUUGCAGCAAUGAUGCGUGCUCAGGAGGCCGAUCCUACCAAUCUGGAAGUACUUCUUGCUCUUGGUAAUUGGAACAGACUGCUGCUUUAAAGUAUCUGUAUGGAUGGUUACGUCAUCACCCAAAGUAUGGUACUCUUGCGCCACUGGAGCUUGCUAAUUCUUUGUAUUAUGCUGCUAAAACGAAGGUUUCUCUUUUGAGGACGUCGGCCAUUCAUAUAAAAUCCAAGGUAUCUCUCUACAAUCUACUGGUUUUCUUUGUUAUUAGUCUGUCGCUACAUUUUGAAGCCAGCAGAUAGUUGGGUUUCUAUUUGCUAAUGUUGGAUAGUAAUUCUCCUUAAAAACUACCUAUCUUCAUCUGUUUUCUGCAAUUUAAAUUAAGGGUCCCCUUCAUAAUGUUGAUAGUUGAUUGGACAGAGAGAUUAUAACUUGAUCACCAAUCUAUUGUAAGAUUUUUGUAUUUAGUUGCAGGCAAUUGUUCAUUACCUCUCAUUUUUCCACUGGUUUGGUUUCCUCCAUUGCACUAGUUUGGUUUCUUUUCCACUGAUUUGAUUUGUUUUUCUCUAGCAAGCCUUAUUAAGAUUGUGUAUAAUUCUUUUGCCUUCAAUGUUUUGUCUCUUUUCUUUUGCCUUGAAUGUUUAAAUGAGAAGCGGAAGCAGGAGCUAUCAUCUCUCUAAAUCUCUAAUGAAACUGCAUUAUCUAACUUAAGCCUUACAAAAAAGGGCCAUCAGAAAUGGAGAAUUUUAGGUCUUACAAGGAAACUAGAGGGCAGG